CCACAGCUCGCCGCUCCAACCAGAAGCUCCGACGCCGAAUCGCCCGCCCCGAAAAGUUAAGAGUCCUCGCAGCUUUCAAGGCCGGACGUCUGCUCGGCAGCCCUCCUAUCCCGAAACGAUAUGCGCGGGAAUAAUGACGCUCAACGGCUCGGGCGUCGUCUUACACGUAACGUCCCUGGCACGCCUGAUCCAGCUAGUUUGUGUCAAGCCAUAAACAGGGAGAUCAAUAGCUGCUGACAGCCUCGGCCCUUAAAUACGGCAGCUUAUCGCCUGCUGAUGCGCUUGCGCUGUACAAAAUCCAUCCUAUACAUUCUCAAGCUAUCUUGUACGAAUGCCCUCACAACAUGCCUUUCCUUGCGAAGAAGCACUCCCCAAUUCCAUCUCAGGACUUGCUGUCAUGGAUGUUCGAUAGCCCGAAGUAUGAUCUAGACAAGCCUGUCUACAUCGAUCCAUCUAAUCCGUCGCGCUCAAUAUCUGGAAGGGAAGGCCGCUCGUUGAUCCGCAAAGUCGCAGCGGGCCUGCUAACGCAUGGGCUUCAAAAGGGCGACUGCGUCGUCGUGGCCUCCUUCAACGAUAUCUAUUAUCCCGUCAUCGUCCUAGGCAUCAUUGCUGCCGGCGGAAUCUACUCCGGCACUAACCCAAGCUAUACAUCUCACGAGCUCACACACCAUGUGAACACGCUUCAUGCCAAGUUCAUCAUUACUGAGCCCGAAAUUCUGAAGCCUAUGCUUGAGGCGAAGCACGAUGUGCCAAAGGAGAACAUUUUCAUCUUCAAUAGCAUGGGCCAGACCAUUCCCAAUGGAUUCAAAGGAUGGAAGACGUUACUGGAGCAUGGUGAAGUGGAUUGGCCACGCUUCACAGACCCCUCCGCCAGCGCAACCACCAACUGUAUGCUGAUGUUCUCCUCUGGAACCACUGGUCUCCCAAAAGCCGUUCAACUAACCCACCGCAACUUCAUCGCCGAACACACCAUCGUCUUUGAAGACUACCCGCGCCCCUUCCCCUCCACCCGUCUCCUCGCUCUCCCCAUCUUCCACGUCGCCAGCACUCCCUCCACCAUAAUAGGCCCCUUUCGUGACGGUGUCACUACCUACAUCAUGCGCCGCUUCGACCUCGAGCUCUUCCUCAACUACAUCCAAGAGUACCAGGCCACCGAACUGCUUGUGGUCCCACCGAUGGCAAUUGCGAUUAUCAUGAGUCCAGCCAGGAACAAAUAUAAUUUGAAGAGCGUGAAGAGCGCUAUGUGUGGCGCCGCGCCGCUGGAUAAAGGACCGCAGGCGAGACUUAAGGCGCUUCUGGCGGAUGACGCGCCGUUUACCCAGGUUUGGGGGAUGACGGAGACAAGUUGCAUUGCUAGCAUGUUCUCGCCAUCCGAACAUGAUACGACUGGAAGCGUGGGGAGGAUGUUGAACAAUCUGGAUGUUAAGCUCGUUGCUGACGACGGUAUCGAUAUCAGUGCACCAGGCGUGCGCGGGGAGCUGUGUAUCCGUGGCCCGACGGUUACAAGGGGCUAUUUUGAGAAUGAAGAGGCGAACACACGGGACUUUGACAGUGACAGCUUCUUCCACACUGGAGAUAUCGCAUAUAUGGAUGGCGAGACAGAACUAUGGUAUAUCGUGGAUCGCAAGAAGGAGCUCAUCAAAGUCCGCGGCUUCCAAGUCGCGCCCCCCGAGCUUGAAGCCACCCUCCUCUCGCACUCAGACAUCGUCGACGCCGGCGUCAUCGGCAUUCCCGCCACAGCCAUCUCCGCUACCUCGCGCGACGGCGAGCUGCCGCGCGCGUACGUCGUCCUUCGUCCCGGAGCGAAGCUAACCGAGGCAGAGGUGGUGGAGUAUGCGGCAGGAAGGCUGGCCAAGUAUAAGAGACUUGAUGGGGGUGUCAAAUUCGUAGAUGCGAUUCCUAAGACGGCGAGUGGGAAGAUCUUGAAGAGGGUGUUGAGGGAGACGGCAAAGAAGGAGAUGGGAGCGAAGCUGUGAGUGAGCGUGGAUGGUAAGAAUUAGUAACCGUUAUUGUUUCGUAGUGCAUGUUAGAUAUCUUCGCGAGGCCUUCAGUGUCCAGUAAUCUAUCCGUCU